ACCCCGAAAGCGCCAUCCGAUAAUUCCUGUUUUGCUGCGUCAGUGAACGUACGGGCGGGAUUGUCACAGAAGUCUUUCACGUUCUCUUUUUAACGUUUUACAAACUCAACAACAUCCGAAAAAAUGUCUCAGAGUCAGCCUCGCCAGAACUUCCACGAGGAAAGUGAAGCAGGGAUCAACCGACAGAUCAACAUGGAGCUGUACGCCUCGUACACAUACCAGUCCAUGGCUCUCUACUUCGAUCGGGACGAUGUGGCUUUGCCAGGAUUUCAUAAGUUCUUCAAGCACUCGUCUGACGAGGAACGUGAGCAUGCCGAGAAGUUGAUGAAAUACCAGAACAAGAGGGGAGGCCGUAUUGUGCUGCAAGACAUCAAGAAACCUGACCGUGAUGAGUGGGGAACAGGACUUGACGCCAUGCAGAUAGCCCUCCAACUGGAGAAAAGUGUCAACCAAUCCCUGCUUGACCUUCACAAGUUGGCAGAUGGUCACCGCGAUGCUCAGAUGUGUGAUUUCAUCGAGUCGGAAUUCCUUGAGGAGCAGGUUAAUGCCAUCAAGGAGAUUUCUGACCAUGUCACCCAGCUGAAGCGCGUGGGGGCAGGUCUGGGCGAGUAUGAGUAUGACAAACAACUCCAGAGCUGAACCAAUCUCCACAGCUGCCAGUCCAUGUUAUAAUCCGGCUCUAUUGCCCUGUGUUUCCAGUUUUGGACUUCUAUUGUGCAUUUAAAUUACUAACUCUGUUAUUUGACUGGCAUUUACUCAGUUUAUUGAUCAAAAAACAAAUAAAAAACUGUAAAACGUUA